UUGCCAACUUCGCUUCUUUUUCUUUCACCGACAAUCAAGUAAGCCAGGCCUAUUUUCGAACACAAGUGAUGUCCACAGCUGAUUCUGAAAAUUGUGUUUUUUACGGUGUUAUUUUCGAUGACAAUAAUGUCAGACAGCCGUGACAUUUCGUGAUUAAGUGUCACCGGCUUGUCGCAUAGAACCGAAGGUUCUCGAAGAUGAUUUAACUAAUCCCGUCCUUUUUGAUGCCCGUCGGAUUACAACUUGUGCAGGUGGAAUAUCCUACGUGUGUCAUUUUGUCAUUAUUUGAGUGUACUUGAGUAUCGAAAUCGCGAGCACCAACUUCGCUCAUGAUUACAGAGUGCUGAGCAUGGCGCGGGAAAAUACAAAUAAGUUAACAAGAGAAGAUUUUGAUGCUGGUCCAUGCAGCUUUGAUGAAAUCGAGCCAGGCUUGUUCCUGGGUAAUCUCACGGCUGCUACAGAUGUCGACUGGCUGAAAGAAGCUGGAAUAACUCAUAUACUAACAAUAGAUUCAUGUCCGUUGCCAAGAAAGAUCCAGGAGCGUCUCCCGAAUUUAAUCAUAAAGUAUAUACAAGUGACGGAUAUGCCGCGAGAAGAUCUGCUAACACACUUUGAAGACUCCUAUGAUUUCAUCGAUCGUGCCCUUGACUCUGAUGGCAGGGUAUUGGUGCACUGUUACUUCGGCGUGUCGCGAUCAGCUACCGUAGUGAUCGCGUAUAUCAUGAAGAAGCACGAGUUGAGUUUCGCGGAUACGCUCCAAGUGAUAAAAUCAAAGCGUCGCUUUGUCGCGCCAAACCCUGGCUUUGUGGCGCAGUUGCGACUCUACGAGGAUAUGAGCUAUGGCGUCGACAGUACUAAUGUGCAGUUCAAAAUGUAUCGAUUGCAGAUCGCCGCCGACAAGGUGCGCAAGGCUCGCAUUCUUCCCCAGAGCUGCGUCGACUUGGUAAAGCCUGAUCCCGCGCUGACAACCGUGCGUCCCGAGCCGUCGGUUUAUCGUUGUAAGAAGUGCCGUCGCAUCGUAGCGAGCGCCAGCAACAUUUUACCUCAUGCGCCACGCGAGAAGCAGAUCUGGCGGCAUAUCAGUGCCAAAAGCACCUCCAAGGACGGCGAGAGCUGUGACAAAUUGAUCCAGAGAAGAGACGAGUCGGCGCGAGUCGAGUUCUGCGACAAGAUUUAUUUUGUAGAACCGUUGGCCUGGAUGCCCGAUAUUACACACAACGUUGAGGGUAAAUUAAAUUGUCCUAAAUGUAAUACAAAACUUGGUUCGUACAGCUGGAUCGCCGGCAGUCAAUGUCCCUGCGGUAGUAAGAUUGCACCAGCUUUUUAUUUGGUGCCAUCCAAGCUCGACUGGAGCAAUGUUGUGCAGAAUGUCCAAGUAACAGUAUAGUAUUAAGGAAUAAAAAUAUGUUGAAAAUACCAAAGCAAUUAACUUUGGAUGAAUUUAUGGGGAUGGAAUAUUGAAUUUUGUAUUCGAUGAUAAAAUUUUCCAAAGGUUUUAAAGUUCUUGAUGUGCUAAGGCAAUACAAAUCAAGAAAAAUAACGUAAAGAAAUAAGCGUUGAGUACUUUUUAGACGCUAUAAUGUUUUGGAUGCCUCAUAGGCAUCCUUUUGAUGUUUUUUGAAUGUUUGUCUUGUUAAAUUAUAAUAUCACAUUAUGGUCCAAGAUGAUUGAUGUAGAUAUUGAUAUUUAUAACCUUCGGCAGAUAAUAUACAUCUUUUUAAGCUGUUAGAUUUUUUUAAGUCUCAGUUAUUCUAUAUAAAAUAUCAUUCAAUGUAAAAUUUAAAAAAUCCAUUAAAAGAAGAAUUUUAAUCAUAUCACUUUAUGAAUAUGAGGUCUUGCAUUAUUUACCUUUAAUUAUACCAGCAUUUUGUGCUAGAGAUUUAAAAAAGCUUCAUAAUAUCUGCUGAGGGUUGAGAAUAAUGCAUUUUAAGAAUGAGAUAAAAUACGGAUACGAUCAAUAUGUACGCCGAUUGACUAUAUUCUAAUCCUGUGCCAAUAUAUUUCGAUAUGUGUACAUAUAUACAUGUAUUUGUUACAUAUAUCUAUAUGUUGUGUACUUUUCUGAUUAUAUAUAAAUAUGUAUAUAUCAGUGAGAAAACAUACUCAAAGAUGUUCUCCGAUCUCAAUGUUUUUAUUGCACACGAUGUUGUCUUUAUCUAUACCGUCUACAUAUAUCUAUGUAAGGCCGUAAUUUCGUGUAGAAUAUCGUUUUCUGUAUUCUGUAUUUAAAAUAUUACGAUAUUCUAAUAUACUUCCUCAUAUAACUUAAUAUGUUACUCUAUCGACGGGAAAAAGAAGCGCUAUAACUUAUUUACUCGUUACCCUGUAUGUUCAAAACUUACAGCUUAAACUUGAUCUAAUUAGUUAAUCAUUAUCAUUAGUUAUAAGGCACACGAUCAACGUUGGACUUUUACCUGCGAUAAUCCUUAAAAAAAUCAGAAUCCCUCUUUGCACAUAAACCCUAGGGAUGCCAGAUUCUGCGAGAUCAUCUUAAAUCGACUAUCGAAUGAAAUAUAUUCUUAACAGUCAAGCUUAUCUUUGGUUUGGACGAUUCGAAUUUUUUAGUCAUUUUUAUAAGAUUUCGAUAAAUGAUUCUUCACGCGUUUGCAUCACAUCGUUUUUCCAGAAUGAUAUUGGAACAAUUCGUCUGUUCCGCAAGAAAAGAAAGUCGUAAAAUCAUAAUAAAUAAAAUCAUAAUAAGUAUUCCAGUCUUCGUGAAUUUAUAAAUGAAGA